AGUUUUUGGUAAGACGAUAUUAGUAGAGAUGGUUGGAAAUGGAUGCACAAAACCUAAAUUACUGCUCCUUUAAUUUAUUUUAUGAUUUCUAACAAAUAGAUAAAAUAAGUUGAUUUUUUUCUUACCGCCUUUUUACCAGUGAAGCGUUUCCCCCGUGUCGUUUCCGAUUGGGAGGAUCGUGAGCGGUGGAAGCGGUGGCGUAGCUUCAUUCUGACGCCAUGAGCACUGUUAUCCGCCACCGCCUAAGGCUAAGUCCAAAACUUCUUCUUUAUUCUUUCCCCAAACCCUCUUUCUUGUUCUCCACAACCACUUCCGAUUCUGUCUCCUUCACCAUAUCCUACCUCACCAACACCUGCGGAUUCACACCAGAGGCUGCACUGAAACUAUCCAAACGACUUCGUUUUAACACCGCCCAAAAACCUGAUUCCGUCAUCUCCUUCUUCCAAACCCACGGUUUCUCCGCCCCCCAGAUCCACCGCAUCUUCAGCAAAUGCCCCGAACUCAUGGUAUGCGACCCCACCCGAAGGCUUCUCCCCAAAUUCCACUUCUUGACCUCCAAAGGUGUUUCUGCAUCCGACGUCGUUUCCAUUGUCACUAGGAACCCCCGUUUCCUCUGUAGCAGCUUCGAAAACUGCAUCUUCCCCACCUUCCAACUCCUCCGAAGGUUCUUUCCCUCCGACCUCAGGGCCCUCACUGUUUUCGUCGUCUUUCCCUCUGUCAUCGGCCACUGUCGCUUGGCAUCAAACAUUGAAAGGUUGCUCAACGCCGGAGUCGCGCACGUCGGCAUUCGGUACUUGCUAAACAGUCGGUCUUUUAUUCUCUGCUCCAACCUGAGAACCCUUUUGGAGGAAGUGAAGUUGUUGGGGUUUGACCCUCUUAAGGUGACCUUCACUGUUGCCCUUCAGGCCAAAAGUACUGUUUCGAACCCCCUUUGGGAUGCCAAAGUCGACGUGUUGAAGAAAUGGGGUUGGUCUGAGGAUGAGGUUUUAGUUGCGUUUAGGAAACACCCUGCAAUGAUGCUAUGUUCCAUGGAGAAACUUGAUGCAGUGACGAGGUUUUGGGUGGGUCGGCUUGGAUGGGAUCGUUCUGAGCUUAUUGCUUACCCUUGGUUGUUUAGCUACAGUUUGGACAAAAGACUCGUUCCGAGGGCUUUGGUUCUGCAGUAUCUUCUCUCCAGAGGAUUGGUGAAGAAGGAUGGUAGCAUCUCCACACCAUUUUGUAACUCUGAUGAGGAGUUUCUGAAAAAGUAUGUGAAAUCUUUCAAGGAGGAAACACCCUGGUUACUAGAGCUAUAUCAGAAGGGACAGGGAGCAUCGUAGCAUCUGGUUGUUGAGAUUUAAUUUAACUCAUGCACUUACAUACAGGUGAUUAGAGCGAGAGGCUAUGCAAAUCAAAUUUCUUUCGACUAUUCGAUUUCCUCCUGAAAAUAGAACUAUGAAAUAUCAGAAAUGCAUGUGUCCUAUGCAAAUCUGGGUGAUUACAUGGUUUGUCUGAGAUGUUUUUUAAACAAAUUUUGUUGUUAAAAGCUUUUUGGAUACUCUAUACAGUAUUCCUUCUAGA